UUGUAAUGACCGGGGCUGCGACGCUUGGUGAUGGGACUUCCCAGAAGAAGGAUGUUGAGUUUCUCAGGUUGGAGAAUCGAAGUUGAGGGAGCUGACAGAGCUGGACAGACAUGAUGCCAACUGAUGUCGCCGAUGUCUCUGUGUUUGUUUCCAAUGAACCUCUGAAGGAAUUUAGCUCUGAUGAAGAGGAGCAGGAACAAAGUCACGAUAUUCCUUCAAGCUCGACACAGGCAGACAGCAAGGAAGAAACAACCGAGUCUUCAGAGGUCACCAACAUUGAAGCUAAAGAUAGAGCUGCUGGCAAAAAGAAAGCGGCCAAAAAGAAGUGCAAGAAGAAUGUGUUUAUCCAGGAUGCUGAUGAACACUUCAAGGAUGGACAGGAUAGCGCCAGUGAGGUCCGUGUUCCUGGGUCAAGUGACCCAGAACAGUGGGCAAAGCCUGUGCAAGGCCUACCAGAAGUCCCAAAGCGAGAAGUUGCUCCGGAGACCAUUGAGGAAGAAAAGAAACCUUUAGAGAGCAACAACAAGGGUGAGGCAGGUGAUUGUGAGCGACAUUGCUACCGGUGGUGGCGCUGGAUCUCGAGCUGUGUGCCUUUUGUUGAGGUGGAACUUUCAGAAGGGUCCGAGGAUGUAAAUGUAAAUCUCAAAGUUUUGAAGCUCUUCCAGGACAAGCGAGUUCCGAGCCGGGAAGCUUUGCAGAUGCUCUUGCAGCAACGAGCGGAUCCAAAUUUUCGCUAUGAACAGCAAUUCGAACUUCACGGCCCAGUUUUUGCUGAUGGCUGCCCAUUGCAGCUUGGUGUGAACUCUGGGGAUCUUCGGCUUGUUCAACUGUUGAUAGAGUACCGUGGGGACAUCCACACAUCCACCUACAGCAAAAAGGCUGGUGCAAGCCAAGUCACCUGGUGUGGAAAUGCGCCCUUUGCAGCCUUGCCAUCCGACAAUGUGGAGAUGUUGAAGCUCUUGGUUGAGAGCCACAACGUUUCAUCCAAUUUGACAUCAUAUUUAGGUGACAAGCCAGGUGCCAGCUUGCUCUGGAACUCGUCCUACUUUGGCGCUUUGAAGUGCACUCGCUAUUUGCUUGAAGUGAAAGCUGCCAUUUCCAAGACGGCCCCAUUUCAGGACAUCAAAGGGCUGAACUAUGCUCCACUCCACGUAGCUGCCAGGGUGGGAAAUGAAAAGUGCUGCGAGCUUCUCCUGGACUUUGCUGCGGACAUCAAUGAAAAAUCGGAGGUCGAAGUACCAGAAAAAAGUUGCCUGAAAGGUGCUUGGUUCUUUACUCCUCUUGAUGCAGCCAUUGAGAUGAGUCAAAUUGCCGUCGUGAAGCUGCUCCUGAAAAAGAAAGCUGACUUGAUUAUUCGGAAGGACAGUUCGAAGUAUCAACUUACAUCAGAGAAUGAUCAAGAUGUGCGAAUUCGGAGGUAUGACUACUCUCUUCAAAGCCUGCUGAGAAGUGGCAACAGCAGGGUCAUCUCAGAAGUGGCAAAAGCUUUGCAGGACUCCUGGCACCAAGUCACCCUUUUGACGGUUCAGGACAUUGUCCGCUUUCUGAAAACACCAGGUGAAGCGCCUGUCAACUUGAUGAAGGCACUCUUCUAUGAGUCAGGUCAAAUCAAGUACUGGCAGAAGCAAACGCAAGGUGACCCGUGCAGCAAAGGAAAACAUGACACGUAUUUCCGCUCAGAGUACAUCCUGGCAGUGGAUCCUGGGCCCAAACGCGUUUAUACCCAUGCAGCCAACAUCCAGAAGAUUUUGGUUUAUGGGCAGGCUCAAUACGUCAUCAACUUCACAGAGGGCCCUUCGAAAGAAGAUGUGGAGUCGCACUGGAAGAGCAAUGGCAAGGCGACAGAGGAAGACAUACCAUCUUUUGUUGCACGUCUUGCUCCGCAGCCAGCGAAGGAAAAAUCCUGGAGGAGGCUUUUUGAGAAGAUAGUUGAAGUUGAGAGAGUUUUCCUCCCUGUGAAUUUCUUUGCAUGCCUUGUCCCGAAUCUCCACAGAAGUGAGAAGGUCUUGUUGGCUGUUGCAACAUGCCCAAAUCAGGAGAUCUUUCGCUUGCGGGAGUGUGAGGCAAUUGUGUCCUUUAAUUGGACUACAGUCAAGUACACUCAGCUCUUCGAUUUGGCUAUUCAGGCACUCACUUCGCUAUUAGCCUUGCUUUGCAUCUCAACUCUCCGAGACGAGGCACCGGAGUGGUGUGGCAGCUUGACAAUAUUUGCUGGGCUGGGGCUGCCCCUGGUGGUGCUCACCAUUCUAAUGAGACUGGGAGAGGUCAUUGGCAAUGAAAUACGGAAGGCUUGGGAUAUGUACCUUGAGAUUCUGCUCCAUUUGGCCACACUGGUGCUGUUUUCGGUUUUCCUGAGCAAAGGACAGGUGACCUGUUCAGAUCGUGGUGUAAUCGACAACCUGUGGAUGCGAGCGUUCAUCAUCGUUGUCAGCUCCUUGCGCUUGAUGUGCUGCUGCGACAUGCUGAGGCUUGCCUACUCAGAGGUGAAUAUGAUCGUCACACCCAUCGUCUCAGCAUUGGCCAAGUCUUUGCCGUUUUGCAUAGCAGUGAUCUACUUUGCCUUCAUCAUGUGGCAAGCAUACUGGACACUGGAUGUGGAGGAAUGGCAGAAUGGCUGGAAGGCAGUCAUCAUUGCAUGGCGCUUUGCCAUUUUGGGUGAUUUCGAAGUGGAUGAACUUGAAGGUCAAGAAGGUACUUGGCAUCAGGUAAUUGACAAUGAGGGUGGAACUAUGCUCACCUAUGAGGAUCCUGAGCUCACAAAGAACGCUACAGUGGUUCGUGGUGUUUUCAUUUUGCUCUGCGGCAUCAUGUUUCCUGUGCUGAUCAUGAACAUCUUGAUCUCUGUGCUGAGUGUCUGGCUUGAUUUUGCAAUCAAGAAUGUAUGGCUGGACUUUCAACAGGCUAGGGCAAGAAGAGUGCUUCGGUACAAGGCAAUGACUUAUGCUUGUCGAAGACGACAAUGUUGUCUCAGACCCAAGGACAAAGCGUCCGAUGGAAGUGCUUCAGUGUCAUCUACUUUCUGCCGAGCAGGUGAGAAGCCAUCCUAUAUUUGGUUUUCGGCUCCAAAAGAGGAGGAAGUGCUCCACCAAGACGUCGAACCAGGUCUCAAUCUGAAGUUCAAGGAAGUCACUGAAGGUGCACAAAAACUUGAUUCCAGGUUGAAAGAAUUGGAGAAGAACAUGCAGAUACUGGUCGACACGACCACAAAGAAUGAAAGAAGACGUGCCAAACAAACCUUCGACAAAGCGUUUACUCCUCAAGGAACCGCAAACCCUGGCUUUACUGCUUAGGAUUUCUGCUUCCAAUGUGUUGGUGCGACAGCAAAGGGC